UAGUUAACUCUGAUACUUAUGUCGCAAUUAAGCUCGAAAAUGAUACGAUUCUUUUUGAAGCAUAUGAUCAAAUAAUAAAAGAGUUAGGAUCUAACUUUAAUGAUUCUAGAUAUAAAUUUUUUUUUAUACAUCAUGACAAAAAAAUUGGUCGGAUAAA